UAAUGUCGUUCACUUCUCCCCAUCUGUUUUCUUGUGUCCCCAGAGUUGCAGAAAGGAUCGCUUCGAAAGGAUUCGAUGGCGUCCUCCCGUGGCAGCAUGAAGCAAGCAACGCCUACAUGGCCAUUGCGGCUGGAUGCUUUCAGUCCAGAGAGUUGCUGCCUCACUAACCAUGUCUGAAACCACCGUCGCUGCCGCGCGCCUUCUCGAGGCUAUGCUCACCAUGGCGCCUCGACAGCCUCAAGGUCGUGCAGUUCAGAGGUUUUAAGGUAAUAACACAGCUCGUGCUGUCUGCGGUAAGUCGAUCAUGUCAUGGCUGCUUCGUUUAUUGAUGCCUCUCAUGGGCUGUUCGAGUCUCCAAAACCAUAUCUUGGGGCUACCAGCCCGCAGCUGACUUUGCGAACUUUGAAAUACUCGAGAGAUCACCUAUCAACCUUGGAAACGGAUUGUGCCGCCCUCUGCCCCCGGGGACCCCUGGAGGAUCGUGCAAGGUACAGAUAUGUUCGACUUCAAUCCCCAGAACAGAUACGAAUUCUGGAACUUCUUCCAGCGCAAGAACCCGACAGCAGAUUAUGCUUCAAAGUGUACUAUGCCGACUUGGAGGAUCUGCAGGUGGCAUACACUGCGAUAUCAUACGCGUGGGGUGAACGUGACCCGGACGGAGACAGGCUUAUUGAAUGCGAUGGACUUCGAGCUUACAUCCAACCCAGCCUGCACUCUGCACUGGUCAGGAUCAGAAAGCGGAAGCCUAUCAGUCAAUUCAUAUGGGCCGAUGCCUUGUGCAUCGAUCAAGUUGAUAAAGAUGCCACGCAGACUGUCCAGGAUGUGGCAGACAGCGAAAAGUCGCACCAAGUGAGCAUUAUGGACCGGAUCUUCAGCCACGCUGACCAAGUUAUCAUCGACCUUGGGGAGGGAUAUGAUGCUCUUUCCACCCUCGACAAGUACUGCAGAAUCUCGCAAGAUUUAUGGUCCAGUGUGAACGUGGCAGCUGGCACGUCCACUGUUGAAAACAGCAUUAGAACUCUGAAGCAGUGGCGUCUUCCCACAACCAGCUCGCCCUUUUGGGAUUCCUUUAGACAUUUCAUGUAUCGGCCUUGGUUCACCAGGGCUUGGGUGAUCCAGGAAUACGCUUUGGCUCGGUCGCCAGUAUUCAUGAUAGGAACUCAUUUCCGGGACCAAGCUUUUCUACCAGAUGGCGUCGCUCGUGCAGCUCAGCAUUUGGAGAUCUUAUAUCUCCACCAGAGUCUCUACCAAGGGAAGAAGAAGCUCAAUGGACCCAUUGCUGAGGCUUACUUUUAUGUUGCCGAGAAGCACAAAGCGGUCCAUCAAAUCUACGAUGCACGAAGCAGUAUGAGUGAUCAAAGGACGUUUUGCGAAUUAUUGGAUGCUGCAACCCUUUACUUCAACACUACGAACUCUUGCGAUAAAGCGUACGCACUUCUCGGGCUCUCGAGCGACAAGAACAUCAAGCAAGAUUUGUAUGUGGACUACUCGGAGGACGAACAACAUCUAAGCCUUCGAGUCAGCCAAUAUCUCUGUAGGCGUGGAUUUGAUAUUUAUCCAUUAUAUCAUUGUCUGGGUGAUGUCGACCACAAGUACGCUUCCUGGGGCAUCAACCUCACUAACACCCGAGAGGGAUUAGCCAACACCAUCGGACCAUCUGGGCAUACCCGAAGAAGUGUCUUCAACGCCUGUGGCGCUGCAAAUUUCGUCCGAAAAUUGUCUGAUCUCCGCGCAGAUGGGCUUACAGUUCGCGGUUGGGUCAUUGACACGAUCGAAAAAUUUAUGUCAAAAAGCAUUCCACACGACGAGAAGCUUGUAACACAAAGCGACGUGGAAGACCAGUCUGUAUGGCAAGGCUAUGCCCUCGACUGGAUGUUCCAGGUUGCCACGCUUCAGCCACUGAAGGAAGAUGAGUUUAUCAAAUGUUGCUGGCGCACUAUGAUUGCGGACCUGGCUAUGCCCGGCGUUGGAGUAGGGCAAGGCUUUCGUCGCCUCCGAGAAUGGGCACAUGCGGAGCGAUGCAUCAAUACAGUUGAUAAGGUGGUACGCAUUGCCCACAAGAAGUGGAAGGGUAUAUUGCCGAAGUCGCAAAAGAUAUACCUGAGCGGAACAGAGCUCAAUGACUUACAUAUCCAUGGUGAGAGCUGGGUGCAUGCCCUUGGACGAAAGCUGGCGUUGGGCCAACAUAGAAAAACGCCUUGCUUGGUGCCUCAUAGCGCAAGGAAGCAUGACAAGAUCGUCAUCAUACAAGGCUGCGAGAUCCCUUUCAUCCUACGAGCUUACAAAGACGAGAAGGGCGAAUAUUUUCGAAUAGUGGGCUGCGCAUAUGUCCAUGGUAUAAUGGACGGGGAAGCUGUUGGUGAUGGGUCGCAUUGCAGGGACAUUGAGAUCAGAUGAGAAUGAGUAGGGUGAAACUAGUUUCUUGGAGUAUUCCACUGAGGUGAGAAGAGCGGCCAAACUGCGUGAUGGCCUAGAUGUA